CCGUAUCUCAAAAAUUCAAAAUUCUAAUUAGUAGUUAAAAUUAAAAAAUCAACCUUACAUUUUAUCAUUUAUUUUCUAUAUAUAAACUUUCAUGUGGAGUCCCAUAACUCUAGUAGUGUGUUCCUGGCCAUAUUAUUCUCCAUUCUAAACUCAUGAUGUAAUAAUGUCACAAUUAUGAAAACUCUAGUAGGUAUGUACUCGGAAAAAAAGUUUAAUGUUAUCCAAAUGAUGAAUUAUGAAUGUACACGUGGCUGACUAUCUCCCAUUGAGCUUCCAUAUUUCUAUGCUACAAUGACGCUUAAUGCAUGGCCGAACCGAAGACCUAAUAUUGAUUGGUUCAGAAAAUUAAAAAAAGAAGUUAGUGAGAAGAGAAUUAAAAACAUACCAAGAAAAUGAAAAAAUAAAAAUAAACAAAAAGGACUCGAUUGAGGAGAAGAGAGAUUGCUAAUAAUAAUUUACAUCCCAUCAAAAUCAUCAUCUUUCUUCUCUUCUGCCUCACAAAACUUUCUUUCUUUCUUUCUACCUUGUCUUUUCCUCCUCAAAAGUCCUUAACAAUCACCUAAUAAGAAGUUAGACCAAUAUUAUGGCUCCCAGCAAAAUGAGACGAGCCCUGGGCGCUGUCAAGGACCAGACCAGCAUUGGCCUCGCCAAGGUAGGCAGCAGCGCGUCGCUAGCCGACCUCGACGUGGCCAUCGUGAAAGCCACGCGCCACGAGGAGCAGCCGGCGGAGGAGAAGCACAUCAGGGAGAUCCUCAGCCUGACAUGCUACUCUCGCGCCUUUAUUAGCGCCUGCGUCAACACCCUGGCCCGCCGACUCAACAAGACGAAGAACUGGACCGUAGCUCUCAAGACCCUGGUUCUCAUCCACCGCCUGCUCUCCGACGGCGACCCGGCCUACGAGCAGGAGAUAUUCUUCUCAACGCGCCGUGGCACGCGCUUCCUCAACAUGUCGGACUUCCGCGACAGCUCGAGCUCGUCCUCGUGGGACUACUCGGCAUUCGUGAGGACAUACGCGCUCUACCUGGACGAGCGGCUUGAGUACCGGAUGCAGAGCCGGCGCGGGAGGCGGAGCGCGUUUGGGAUGGAUGAGGAUGACGAUGAUCAGGUGGCUCCCACAAACCAGUUGGCCGUGUGCGUGAGGGCCACGCCGGUGAGGGAGAUGAAAACGGAACAAGUCUUCUCUAAGGUUCAGCAUCUGUUGCAGCUGCUUGACCGUUUCUUAGCCUGUCGCCCUACAGGUGCAGCUAAAGUCAACAGAGUUAUAAUAGUAGCACUGUACCCUUCAGUUAGAGAAAGCUUCCAAAUGUAUUACGAUCUCACUGAAGCAAUAGGCAUAUUAAUCGACCGUUUUAUGGAGAUGGAAGUCCCCGAAUGCGUUAAGGUACUCGAUAUCUUCACUCGCGUCGGGAAACAGUUCGAUGAACUGGACCAUUUCUACAGCUGGUGCAAGACCACUGGAAUAGCCCGCUCUUCCGAAUACCCAGAAGUCGAAAAGAUUACGCCGAAAAAGCUUGAGGUAAUGGACGACUUCAUCCGAGAAAAGUCCACCAUGGAAAAAACAAGGAGACAGACUUCCGAUGAUCAAGAGGUCAAGGAAGAGAAGGAGGAGGAAGAAGAAGAACAAGAUAUGAAUGCCAUAAAAGCUCUUCCAGCACCGGAAACCCUAGUUGUGGAAGAGAAGAAAGAAAAGCCAGAAAAAGAAGCCAUUACUGAUACGAAGCCUCAACAACAAGAGGGUGACCUGUUGAACUUGGGAGAAGAUUAUGGCUUGUCGAGCCAAGACCAAGCUGAUAAAUUAGCUUUGGCUUUGUUUGAUCAUGUUCCGCAGGAGCCACCGCAGCAGCAGCAGCCUGGUUGGGAAGCUUUUUCGGACAAAGCAGCGGCUGAUUGGGAGACGGCGCUGGUUCAGUCGGCCACUGGGUUAGCCAACCAGAAGACUAAUCUUGCGGGAGGGUUCGACAUGUUGUUGCUCGACGGAAUGUACCGACAGGCAAAGACGUCGAUGGCGAUUGCUGGGCCGGGGUUCGGAGCCAGUGGAAGUGCCAGCAGCGUGGCGGUGGGUUCUUCUGGGCAGCCGGCCAUGCUUGCGCUACCUGCUCCACCGCCCACGUCCGAUGGGAUCGCCGUGGUACCUUCUAAUGGCAAUGUUGAUCCAUUUGCUGCCUCGCUAGGAGUGGCGCCGCCGCCGUAUGUUCAGAUGUCGGAGAUGGAGAAGAAGCAGAAGUUGUUGGUGGAGGAGCAGUUGAUGUGGCAGCAGUAUGCUAGGGAUGGAAUGCAGGGGCAGCUUGGAAUGGGAAAGAUACAACAUAAAAGUUACAAUGGAGGUUAUACACGUACCUACUAAAAAUAGGCUUCAUUAAUUAUUUAAUUGUUAAUUAGGGUUAACAUUAUAUGGUUUUGGUCGUAAUUUUUUGAACUUGUUGAUAAUUCUCUACUGUCUUGUGGGAUUUGAAAGAGUAUAUAUGUUCAAUCGAUCCGUGCACAAAAAUUAUUUGUGUUUUAACUUUGG